AUGAGAAGGGCUUUGAAAAUGAAGACGGUAGCAGUGUAUGAUGUGACAGAGAGAGUGAGCGAGUGCGUGCCUUUACCAGGACUAUUCAGAGGGCAAGAUGUGAUCAGAGCGACAGGCAGUGAAAAUGACCCGCACAGCAACAGUGUUGUGAAUGAGUCUGACCCGAGCGUGACUGCAUUUGCCAAGUGUGCGCUAGAUAAAUCGGGCCGUUUACACUGCACAGAAAUGGAGGUUAUUGAAUCACUAGGGAUUAUUAUAUAUAAAGCCCUGGACUAUGGUUUGAAGGACAAUGAAGAGCGGGAAUUAAGUCCUCCACUGGAGCAGCUUAUUGACCAUAUGACUAAUACCACAGAAACAGAUGGGAGUAGGGAUGAAGGAUAUGAUGCUCUGGAUGAAGGAGUGGAGGAUGACAAUGAUGAUGGCAAAGAGGAAGUUGAGGCCAUUCAUUCCUAUAAAGAUGUCAUGAAGCUGUGUGCUGCCCACCUGCCAACCCGAUCAGAGGCACCAAACCACUAUCAAGCAGUAUGUCGGGCUCUGUUUGCUGAAACAAUGGAACUGUACACUUUCUUGGCCAAAAUUAAAAGUGCAAAAGAGAAUCUAAAGAAGAUUCAAGAAAUGGACAAAGAGGCAAGUGAUGAAUCCAGCACAGAUCUUGAUGACUUAAAAAAUGCUGACUGGGCUCGUUUUUGGGUACAAGUAAUGCGAGAUUUACGGAAUGGAGUUAAACUUAAGAAAGUUCAAGAGCGUCAGUACAACCCGCUCCCAAUAGAAUAUCAGCUCACACCCUAUGAAAUGCUGAUGGAUGAUAUUAGAUCCAAACGCUAUACCUUAAGGAAGGUCAUGGUCAACGGUGACAUUCCACCUCGAUUAAAAAAGAGUGCCCAUGAAAUAAUCCUGGAUUUCAUCCGAUCGCGACCUCCAUUAAAUCCUGCCUCGGCAAGAAAACUGAAACCAACCCCACCACGGCCACGCAGCCUUCAUGAAAGGAUACUGGAGGAAAUCAAGGCAGAGAGGAAGUUACGUCCAGUCUCACCUGAUGAGAUAAGGCGUAGCAGGCUGGCAAUGCGGCCACUUAGCAUGUCUUACAGUUUUGACUUGUCAGAUGUAUCUACGCCAGAGGCUGGAAGAAAAUUAGCGGAUGCCUCUGUAGUGAAUGGUGGCCUGGCACCACAAGGAAAGCAGAAUGGGGCCACACAAGUGACAGUACAACGCAAGAGACUCCUUAAGGCUCCCACGUUGGCUGAACUUGACAGCUCAGAUUCAGAGGAGGAGUCAGUGCACAAAUCAGCAAGUAGCAGCAGCAUCUCCCCCUCACAAGUGGAAGACCCCUCUCAAGAAGGCACCAGCAGCAGAAAGAUGCCUCCAAAGUUCUUGCCCAUAUCAUCUACACCACAGCCUGAGAGACGGCAGCCACCUCAGAGACGACACUCCAUUGAAAAGGAAACACCAACCAACGUGAGACAGUUCCUACCACCUUCAAAACAGAGCUCCAGAUCACUU